UCCUCAAGACCCAUGGCCCUGACUUUCAAGCUGAGAUGCCGGUUGCAAUACAUGGCAUCACCAAAUGUGAUUUUUGCCAACGUCCCCCCGAUAUGAACUGUGGUAACCAAGAAGAGGAACUGCUUUGCUGUAAAGACUGCAACACCAAAGCACACCCUUCCUGUAUGAACUACACUCCAGAACUUGCUCUUCGUGCUCAUCAAUCACCAUGGCAAUGUCCCACCUGUAAGGUGUGCAGCAUAUGUAAAGACUCAGGAAAUGUUCCUGCAAUGUUAAUCUGUGAUUCUUGUGACAAAGGCUUCCACGUUCAGUGUUUGUACUCACCCCUGGAGAAAAGUCCUUCAGGUGAGCUAGCUAUUGCAGGUCAUUGGGUUUGUAGUAUGUGUAGCAAACAGGACAUCAAGGAGAAUGACAAUUCCAAGCUUGUCUCCUCUUCAGAGGAAUUGAUGACAAUAAAAAAAGAAGCAUGCACUUAUGGACCACCGACCCCUUCCGAGUCACCAGAACCAAAUCUUACAGAAAUGCAGCAAGAUUUUCCAAGGAAACGUAAUCUCUAUGAUGGACCUUACCCUGAUGUCACGGACUAUACUAUUGAAGAUGUCGUCAAAUUCUUCAAGUCAAAGGGUUUUACUAAAGAAGCUUCAGCAUUCAGUGAACAGGAAAUUGAUGGCAAAUCGCUGUUACUGAUGAAGCGCGAUGAUGUACUGGUCGGUCUGCGGGACUACAUCUGUUUAGGGCCGGCCCUGAAGAUUUUCAAACAUGUCGAGAGGUUACAGUGGGCCUCUGAAUAGUCACCCCGUUUUCUCCUACACCUCAACUCAACUCAACCUCCUUGAUGGACGGACGGAUGGACAGAUGGAUGGAUGGAGCCAAGCAAUGUUACGGAUGUGAUAGUGAAGAACUGAUUAACUGACAACGAUGAGGAGGAGGAAAGGAGGAGGAGGAGGAGGAGGAAGAGGAAAACUUAUUGAACUUCCACCCAACAUGAUUCAAAACUGUGUGUGUGUGUGUAUGUGUACAUAUUCAUAUAUAUGUAUAUGCAUGUGUGUAUAUACAUAUGUAUGUGUGUAUCUAUAAAUCUA